AUGGAGUCUGAACCACCUCAAGAACUUACCAGAAGUAAAUACAGUCUUGCAACAGAAUUAGUUUAUAUAGACAAUUCCGAUGGAUCUGGGACCAAAGAUCCUUAUAAUGCCUCAUCUAUGCCUAUUUAUCAGACGGCAACCUUCAAACAAUCUUCUGUAUCUCAAAUGGGCGAGUUUGAUUACUCUCGAAGCGGAAAUCCAACACGAUCUCAUUUAGAAAACCAUCUCGCUAAAAUUAUGUCAGCGAAACGUGCUUUUGUUGUGAGCAGUGGUAUGAGCGCUUUGGAUGUGAUAGCUCGGUUAGUUAAGUCUGGCGAGGAAAUAAUCGCUGGUGAUGAUUUGUAUGGAGGAACAAAUCGACUUCUUUCAUUUCUUAAUAAAAGUUUUGAUAUAAAAACACAUCAUGUUGACACCACCGAUGCAACUUCACUAUUACCGUGUUUGCAUCCUACAAAAACUCGCCUUGUUUUAUUGGAAUCACCUACAAAUCCAUUAAUAAAAGUUUCGGACAUACCGGAAAUUGCAUCAGUUGUACAUGAAAAAUGUCCAAAUGCUUUGAUAGUGGUUGAUAAUACUAUGAUGUCUCCUUAUCUUCAAAGACCCUUAAAUUUUGGAGCGGAUAUAGUGUUACACUCUGGAACAAAAUAUCUUAGUGGACAUCAUGAUUUAAUGGCUGGAGUUAUUGGUGUUAAAGAUGAAAUUGUUGCGGAGAAAAUCUACUUUAUUAUUAAUUCAACUGGAUGUGGUCUGGCUCCUUUUGAUUCAUGGUUAUUAUUACGUGGUAUUAAAACUUUGGCUGUUCGUAUGGAAAAACAACAAACAAAUGCAAUGCAAAUAUCAGAAUUUCUUGAAUAUCAUAAUUUCAAAGUCAUGUAUCCUGGAUUAAGAUCACAUCCACAACAUAAUUUACAUUUUACCAUGUCCAAUGGACCUGGUGCAGUACUUAGUUUUUUAACUGGUGAUGUAACAAUUAGUGAACGUAUUGUGGAAUCCACUAAAUUAUGGGCUAUUAGUGUUAGUUUUGGUUGUGUCAAUUCUUUAAUAAGUAUGCCUUGUAGAAUGUCUCAUGCAAGUAUACCUGCUACAGUACGUCAAGAAAGAGGGUUACCAGAGGAUUUAAUUCGUUUAUGUGUUGGAAUUGAAGAUGUUAAUGAUUUGAUUGAUGAUUUGUAUUCAGCACUAAUUAUUGCUAAGGCUAUCAGUGCAAAUCGUUAA